AUGCUUUCUCUCUGGAUUUGUAUCCUCUCUCUAUUACUCGUGCUCCUGUUCAAAUGGGAUAGGAAAUCACAACUCCCACCAGGCCCCAAGCCUCUUCCUCUCAUUGGAAAUAUUCAUCAACUCCCCAGCUCAUCUUUCUUGUCCUUAUUGCAACAAUGGCACACAACAUAUGGCCCUAUCAUUAGUAUCCGGAUUGGUGCUCAAGUGAUAGUGUUCUUGGGAUCUCACCAUGUCGCCCACGAGGUCAUGGCCAGACAGGGUGCUUGGUGUAGCUCGCGUCCUGAAAUUCCAUUUUUCAAGCGAAUCCUGCAGAUCCCCCUUCCAUCAGGCCUCUUGCCGUAUGGGGAGAAAUGGAAACGUCACCGACGCUUUCAAUAUUCAAUCCUCAAUACCCAGACAACCAAGUCAUAUCGAAGGGAUCUGGAGCUCGAGUCCACACAGGUUCUUUGGCAGAUGCUGGAAUCCGAUGACUUCGAGACAGUCUCGAGUCGAUAUGCGUACAACUUGGCAUCGACUUUAAAUUUUGGGCAAAGAUCCUCGGAACAAGACGUGGCGGAGAUCAUAGAGAUACAGGGCCUCUUCAUAAAAAAUCUUAUUCAAGGGUUCGUUGGUGAAUUAUUAUCCACCAUUCUGCUAUUUGGCUCGAUUCCGUUUAUAGAGACAUAUCUGAACUGGGUCCUUGGGUGGGAGAAUGCCGGAAGCAAGUUUACUGGGCGACUCCGCGCCUUUUUUACUCAACACAUCAACAACAGCAUUAGAAACGGACACCAGCAAAGUUGGGCCCAAGGAAUGGUCCACGAAGCCCAAAAAGCCCAAAAAGCCCAAGAAUCCCAAGAAUCCCCUGAAACUUUCGAAAAUUCGAGGAACUGGGACGAGAUAUGUUUGGAGUCGUUCGAAGUACAUAUGGCGACCAGCGUGACGACCCAGAGUUCACUGUCGACAUUUGUCCUGGCCGCGCUCCUUUAUCCAGAUGCAGUGGCAGUGGUACAGGAUGAACUGGACGCGGUCAUCGGACCAGGUAGAUUUCCAUCAUUUGAGGACAUGCCCAACUUGCCCCGUCUCAACUCUUUUAUCAAAGAGGUUUUUCGGUGGCGACCGCUCCUUCCCACCAGCGUCCCCCGAGUAGCUUCAAAGGACAUGGAAUAUUCAGACUAUCGCAUUCCGGCCGGUAGCGUUCUCGUUGUCAGCCAAUCGGUGAUUAAUAUCGAUAAAGCAAUGUUCGAGGAACCUGAACUGUUCCAGGGAGAUCGAUACAUGAAGAACCCAGAGUUACCCGAGCCUGCCGCUUUCGGAUAUGGACGACGAUCAUGUCCUGGGCGGCAUCUGGCUCGCGAAUCAACGUUUAUUGUUAUUUCACGAUUGCUUUGGGGAUACAAGAUCGCGCCUCAUCCAGAGGAUCAAAACCGGAAUUUUGACAGAGUGGGAUCUAAGGUGGGUUUCGCCUUGUUCUGGCCAGCUUCAUUCCGAGCAACGUUUCAAAUCCGCUCUCCAGUUCAUCAGACUACCGUUGAGCGUGAAAUCCGGGACAAAUGUGGAAAAUACGGUGAAGGGGUUGAGCAUAUGCCUGUAUCUUGA